AGAAGACAAGCUCUCCGCAAGAAUCAACCAUGACUCCGGCUUUGUCUUUCCCUCCUCGCGGUGCCAGCACGGUGGCCAUGAGAAAAGAGGCCUCGGAGCUCCGAAAAACCUUAAAACCUCUGAUGGAGAAGCGCAGACGAGCGCGCAUCAACGACUGCCUGAACCAGCUGAAAAACCUCAUCGUUCCUCUAAUGGGAAAAGAUAACUGUCGCUACUCGAAGCUUGAGAAAGCAGACAUCCUGGAACUGACGGUCAAAUUCUUGGCUGAUGUCCCUAAAACGCCGACAAAUGAUGCUACAGAAAGCUACAGAGAAGGCUAUGAAGCGUGCCUGCAGCGGGUCUCUGCGCUCCUCCCGCGCACGAGCCUCGACCGCCAAACCUGCGCGCGCGUGCAUGACUUUGUCCAGCAGUCUCUGCGCUCGAGUUCUCCGUCCUGCCGCACGUGCAGCGCUCGCACCUCCACCACGGCGCCAUCACCGGUCCAGCACGAGCGGCUUCAGAGCCAGAAAUGGAUCGACAUCACCCGGAGAGAAAAGCGCGCGAGCGUCACUCCGGAGAGAUCCCAGGAUGCGCCCCAGGCUGCCGCUCAGCCCAUGUGGAGACCAUGGUAGAUCUUGAAGAUCUCUUCAAGCGCUAUUUGUUAAAUAAUGUACAUAAACAGCCCAGAAAUGUGUUGUAAAUAAUUUCAGCUAUGUGAAACGUGCUUGACGUGAGGUCAAGUCGAUUUUUACUUAAGUAUUGUAUACUUCUCGUUCGCUUUCGUCAAAAUUCGCUCGUUUGUAUCUAUCGGUUCGUUUUCUUAGAGAUCCCGCGCGUGACCUGUAAAUAACUCGGUUAUUCGGUUUGGGGUUAAUUGGGUGAGGGUUUGUAGAAAACGCCUAUGUAAAACCCUGUGGGUUGUCCAGUGUAAGAUAUGUGCACUCAGUGUUCUGAGUCUGUGCAGAUUAUUUUACUUGCAAGCACACUAUGUUGUGUUUUAACAGUCUCAUUUUUAAGAGACGUGUUGUUUAUUUUUGUUUACUUGUAAACACGUUGUGAUGUGUUAUACAGUCUCGUUUUCUAGAGACGUGCUAUUUAUUUAUUUUUGUUUACUUGUAAACACGUUGUGAUGUGUUAUACAGUCUCGUUUUCUAGAGACGUGCUAUUUAUUUAUUUUUGUUUACUUGUAAACACGUUGUGA